AUGAUAUUUGGCAUUUUCUCAGGGCUUUCUACCCUUCACAACACUUUCACCUUCAGUGUCAUGGCUGGCCUCUCACAGCCCUAUGUAAGAGAGGCAAGUCUUAAUUUUAAAGACCCAGAAGCAGUCAGAGCUCUGACUUGUACCCUCCUAAGGGAAGAUUUUGGACUUUCUAUUGAUAUUCCGUUGGAGAGGCUAAUUCCCACAGUUCCCUUGAGACUCAACUACAUUCAUUGGGUGGAAGAUCUGAUCGGUCACCAGGACUCUGACAGAAGUACUCUCCGAAGAGGAAUUGACAUAGGUACUGGGGCAUCGUGCAUCUAUCCCUUGCUUGGAGCAACCUUAAAUGGCUGGUAUUUCCUUGCAACAGAAGUGGAUGAUAUGUGCUUCAACUAUGCCAAGAAAAAUGUGGAACAGAAUAAUUUAUCUGAGCUCAUAAAAGUGGUAAAAGUGCCACAGAAGACACUCCUAAUGGAUGCUCUUAAAGAAGAAUCUGAGAUAAUAUAUGACUUUUGCAUGUGUAAUCCUCCUUUUUUUGCAAACCAACUGGAAGCCAAGGGGGUAAACUCUAGAAAUCCUCGAAGACCUCCACCUAGUUCUGUAAAUACGGGAGGUAUCACAGAGAUCAUGGCAGAAGGAGGUGAAUUAGAGUUUGUUAAAAGGAUCAUCCAUGACAGUCUGCAACUUAAAAAAAGAUUAAGGUGGUAUAGCUGUAUGUUGGGAAAGAAAUGCAGUCUGGCCCCACUGAAGGAAGAGCUUCGCAUCCAAGGGGUUCCUAAAGUCACCUUCACUGAGUUUUGCCAAGGUCGCACAAUGAGAUGGGCCUUAGCCUGGAGUUUUUAUGAUGAUGUCACAGUACCAUCACCACCAAGUAAACGAAGAAAAUUAGAGAAGCCAAGGAAACCCAUUACAUUUGUAGUGUUGAAGUCUGUGAUGAAAGAAUUAUCCCUCAAAGCUUCAUCUUUGGGCUCUGAGACAGUGGAAGGCAUAAUAGUUGUGACAACGUGGAUAGAAAAAAUUCUCACUGACCUGAAGGUCCAGCAUAAACGAGUUCCCUGUGGAAAAGAAGAAGUUAGCCUUUUCCUGACAGCCAUAGAAAACUCCUGGAUUCAUUUAAGGAGAAAGAAAAGAGAGCGAGUGAGACAACUGAGGGAGGUUCCUCGAGCCCCUGAGGAUGUCAUCCAAGCCUUGGAGGAAAAAAAGGCCACUCCCAAAGAGUUGGAAAAUAGCCAAGUUGUGGCCCAGGGUUCCCAGGAGAAUGCCCUGUGUGGGCCUGCUCUACCUGAAGACCAGUCUGCCACUGUUGGUAGCCAGGAGUCACUGUCUCAGGAGGAAACCCCAGAACCUAUGGAAGAUGAAAGGAAUGAUGAAAAGGGAGGGAUGGAGAGUGUGGAAAGCUGCAAAGGCUCUAGCAAUGGAGCCCAGGACCAAGAAGCUUCUGAGCACUUCAGCAACCCAGUGGCUGAAAAGGGGAAGCACCUCCAAGGAGUAGCUGGACAUUACCUGUUCAAGUGUUUGAUCAACGUUAAGAAGGAAGUAGAUGAUGCCUUAGUUGAAAUGCAUUGGGUUGAAGGCCAGAAUAGGGAUUUGAUGAACCAGCUUUGUACUUACAUACGUAACCAAAUUUUCAGGCUUGUUGCUAGUUAACUCUAAACUUCUUGAAUAAUAGAAAAGUGUCUAUGUGGAACUGGAGGUGUAGCUCAGGUGGCAGAGCGCAUGCUUAGCUUGUGGGAGGCUCUGGGUUUGAUCCCCAGCACCUUUAAAAAAAAAGGGGGGGGUCUAUAUCUGUGGGGUGGCAAGAGGAAUUUCACCACUGAUUCAUUAGUAGCAUUAUGUAGAAUCAUUUUAGGAAGCAGAAACCAGUUAAUUCAUUUUACACACACGUACCUUUUUUAAGUUACAGGGAAUUGUAUUUCAGGAGGAAGAAUUAUGGUUAUCAGCAACAACAAAAAGCUGUCAGUAAACUCAUGAGGAAUUUAAAGCUGACUCAUGCCAGUCACCUCAGCUUUGGAUUAAUUCUCUGAGGCCUUAAGGGACUGUGUGGCAUCUGGUCUAGGUCAGUGUUACCCAGGACAUCAGAGUCUCUGUCACCUGGAGUUGCUUUGUGAGGGGGAUGGCACCCUUAUCUUCCAGUGAAGACAGUUCAGCAGGGCAGAGGCCCAAGAUCCCUCUUGUAGAGUCACCUUCAAGAUGGAAUCUACUUGCCAUGGGUUCAUUUGAUUGAUUAACCCUGCUUCAGUCUCUAGAAAGGAGCCAGUCCCAUGGUGAAUGGCAAGAGAGUCAUGGAAAGAAGUCUUGGUAAGGCUGGGGAGAAGGGCCAAUCUGGGGAGCACCUAGGAAACCAUGCAUUCCCAGCUCAUGGCCAUUUUGAUGUCCAUUUCAGAAGCAGAAUUAGGUAAGCAGAACUCCAAGAUGUGACUGAGACACAGCAAAAUGCACCCACACCCCACCUGUUCAAAGUACCAAUUUAUAGCAGUUUUACUGUUCUAUAUUUGUUUCAACAUGUGAAGUGGAGCUUAUUUUGUUUUUAAUAUAAGAAUAGUCAAAAUUAAAAACUGUCAAUCCUGUUUGAAUCCUGGUGCAGAGGAAAAUAGUUUCUUGGCUUUGACUGGGUAAGUGGUUAAUGAUAAAAGUGGGAAAGGGAGCCGGCACCAGUGGCUCACACAUGUAAUCCUAGCUACUUGGGAGGCUGAGACCAGGAGGACCACAGUUCAAGACCAGCCCAGGC